GUAUUCUGCGCUUUUUGCAUUUUAAGUGUUGUGCGCCUUCAUGAAUUUAGGAAGUAAUAAUUUGUUGUUAUAGUCUAAGUGCGCUUUUUUCUUUGGGCAAGUGAGGCUCAAAAAGGCUAAAACCCUAGUUAAAAAAAUAUAUUGUAUAUGAGUCGUUGGGCAAGUGGCAACACUGUUCACAAACGUCGGGUACGGGUUAGUUGUGACGUGUGUGACGUUAUCACUCGUUAUCACAUAGGUACGCCACAUAAAGUAUAAAGUAUGGUCUAAACUAUAAAGUGAUUCAAGCAAAGAGUUCAAUGUAGGUAAUAGGGAAUAUAUGGGAAAAAUGGAUUCAAGUGAUUGACAUUUGACAUACUCUUUGCCUAGCAUUAUGAUUUGUGUUAAGUGUAACAAAAUGGAAAUAUGAGUUAACAUAUAAGUGGGAGACCUACUCCUGUAUCAGAAGACUCCACUUUUGAUAACAAUAUCAGCGUGAAUGUUCAUACCAGGGGGUGUUAAUAAGUGCUUCAACAGGCAACCGACAAUAUGGCCAACCAGUGGGACAGCGAAUACGCCAUCUGGUGUGAUCUGUCUGUGGCGCAGGGGAGGGAGGUGCCUGCACAGAUAGAACACACAGUGACCAAAGAUGAAAGACCACCACGUUUGGUUCUUGUUGAAGAAACGGAAGAACAUUUCUUGGGCAACUAUGUGGAUGGUGGGGACUACAGCUCUGGCCCGGACAUACCACUCAUUAAAAAGCUGCUGCAAGAGGCGAAGCUGGCACAGGCGAGCCAACCAGAAGAGGAAGAGGAAACUGUUAUAGAAAAAUUUAAAAAUCCUGCCAAGAAUAAAAACCUGGCCAUGGACUCAAUAUUACAGAUGCACAACUGUUCUGAACCUUAUCAAAAUGGGCAUAGUGCUGUACAUCCCAGCACCAGUACAUUAGAGAGAAAUCUUCUGUUUAAUGCACCUAGUAAUAUGUUUAAGAAAAAAACUAAAAAAGUAAACACUUCUGAAAGCCCCAAAAACAGUCAGUCAACGGAGAUCAAUCAACCAGUGGAGCAACCGCGCAUGUUCGUGCCGUCUCCCCGUGCCGCCGAGUACUACAGGAAGUACCAAGAGCAGAUCCAGGCGCAGGAGCGCGCGCGGGAGGACAUGUGGGAUCGCGUGCAGAGGGAGAUGAAGGAGCUCGACCUAAAAAAUACGAAAUCAAAAUGCGGCUCUAGCAGCGUCGACACACCUGCUCAUGGUAUUGAUGCAGUGCGGUUGUCGAUACCUCGACACACGUUUACGGACACUGAAGAUUGUGUCGUGUGUAAAGUGUUGUGUGCACAGACCGAACAAACAAAAACCCACAACGAACCCAAAUAACAUCUGUUAAUUACUAUUAUACUACAGCACAACUACUUUUAUAAGUAACGUUGAUGAUGUACCUGCGCAGAAAUCUUAUUUUCGAAUUGUGCGAAAAUAUCUCAGCCAAUCAUAGUGCGCGUCCGUCCGCUAUUGGUUGCCAUGUUUUGUACGCGCGAAUUACGAGUGAGAUAGCACGAGUCUCUGUUGUUCUCGUGUUUAAAAUCUUAACGUCAAGCAAUAAGGUCUGUAACAUUCGGUUUUAGUUUACAUUAGGUUGUGCUUGUCUGCGCAAACGAAUUUUGCCUAUACUUGUCACUCAGAGAUAAAGCGAGACAGAAUUAUGUAAUUUAACUGAUGACUGAAAAAGACAG